AGUGCGACGGCGGUCUGGCGGGCAACGCACACGUAAUCGCCCAGGCAUCGCGAGAACACAAGUAUAUAGCAGUCACGCCGGUUCAGUUCGCCGCACGCGAAAACCAAACGAAAGUGGGUGUGACCCGUCAUUGAGCCACGGCUCGUCAAAGCGAUACAUUCGUACACGAGAGUCGACGUUCAGGAAGGAAGGAAUAGCCGAUCGAUCAUAGUCAACAUGUCACAGCAACAGUACUAUCCUUUACUGCACACCCGACGGGUCUACCCGGCGGAUCCAUUCGACGCGAAUGCCGACGCGGCGGCGCUGCGCAAGGCGAUGAAGGGCAUCGGUACCGACGAGAAGGCCAUCAUCGACGUGCUCACCAAGCGCGGCAUCGUCCAGCGCCUCGAGAUCGCCGAAGCUUACAAGACCCUCUACGGCAAGGAUCUAAUCAGCGACCUCAAGAGCGAAUUGUCCGGCAAACUCGAGGACGUGAUGGUGGCCCUGAUGACCCCGCUGCCGCACUAUUAUGCCAAAGAAAUGCACGACGCCAUCUCUGGAUUGGGCACCGACGAGGAGGCGCUCGUCGAGAUUCUGUGCACGCUCAGCAACUACGGCAUCAGGACCAUCGCUACUUUCUAUGAGAACCUGUACGGAAAGACCCUGGAGAGCGACCUCAAAGGCGACACAUCUGGACACUUCAAGCGAUUGCUCGUUUCGCUUGUUCAAGCUAAUAGAGAUGAAAAUCAAGGCGUCGAUCAUACCCAGGCGGUAGCCGAUGCUCAGGCUCUUUUUGAUGCUGGCGAAAAACAUUGGGGAACCGACGAAUCGCAAUUCAAUGUCAUUCUCAUAACCCGCAGCUACCAGCAACUGAGACAAACGUUCAUCGAGUAUGAGAAAAUCUCCGGACACGAUAUCGAAACUGCCAUCAAGAAAGAAUUCUCCGGAAGUGUUGAGAAAGGCUUGCUUGGAAUCGUAAAAUGCGUCAAGUCCAAAAUUGGAUUCUUCGCUGAACGUCUUUAUGCCAGUAUGCACGGCAUCGGAACCAAGGAUCGCACGCUGAUUCGUAUAAUCGUUUCCCGCAGUGAAAUUGAUCUAGGAGACAUCAAAAGAGCUUUCGAAGAACGUUACGGAAAGUCCCUUGAAAGCUGGAUAGCUGAUGACUGCUCCGGCGACUACAAACGAACUUUAGUGUCCCUGGUGGUUGGAUAAUUUAUGCCAGCCACUUUAAUAAUCUGAAAGACUUUAUCGCGCUUGUGCCUUAUAAAACGAUUUCAGUUGUGGGCACUAAAAGCAGAAAAUAUAUUUUUUACCAUCGUUAUCGCUCAUAGAAAAUAAAAAAAUAUACUAGUUUCCUAACAAUUUUUUUCAUAUAACUUGGAAAAGUAGACUAAUUUACAAUAAGGUAUACCUUGCGAACAACCAUGAUAUGGUGUCAAACGUAUAUCAAAUUCCAUCAAAAAUACGAAUGAUAUCUUGCAAUUACUAAUAUACAUAUAUAUUUAAAUCAAAUGGUAUACGUAAAAAAAUACCUAACUUUCAAUUGAUUUUUUUUGAAAACGAAAUUUUUCGUAACUUUGGAGAAAUGUAUUAAGUAAAUAGUGCAAUAAUAUAUCAGCGGUUUUCUAUUAAUUCCGGUCAUUAGAUUAAUAUCCUGCAUCAAUUAGAUUAUCGGAUUAUCGAUGAUGAUUCUAAUGUUAGAUUAUGUGAUAAGCUUUCUAUAUAAAGAUGCAUGUAUUUUUUUUUUUGAAAAAAAUUGUAUUGUCUCACGAACUAAUGAAUGUCAAUAGCUCUAAUCUACUAAACAAUGAAAAUAACAUAUAGAAAGAAAAUAUAAAACCAAAAUUUCAAAAUAAAUCGAAUGUAUUUUUUACUUUCAAAGUUAUUAGUACUUAUGACAGUAUUAUAAAGAAGAAAAUUUUAUUGAAUAACAACGAAUUAACAAGUAAUACUACUACCAAUGGCAGUAGCAUACAUGCGGUGGAGUCUUGUAAAUUAAUUUUAAAUUAAUUUCUUCCAAAAUACAGAAAAAAAUUAAUUUUAUAAAUCAAGAUUAUUUUAAACAGUCAUUGUCAAUGUGCAGCUACGCAAGAUUUUAUUCAAAAUGAAAUAAAAUUUACAAUAGCAAAUUAAAUGUCAUUGAAUCAUCUAUUGAUACUUUGAAUAAAAAAAUUACUCUCACAUAGAUUAUGAAAGUAAUGCAUAAUGUGUAUUAGUCCACAUAUUGCUUCAGAUUCUAAACAUUCAUGCAAUAUUAAUUUUAUUGCAAGCAUGGGUAACAAUUCCUGUGCAAUUCCAGGUUUACAAAG